AUGACCUCGGCACAAGGGGCAAAUUCGAGUGUUGGGGAGCUAAACAAACGGGCCAGCAAGCCCGAGCCCCCACCGCUGUGUCCGGCAGCAGAGGAGGGACCACCGGUGGUCUUCCUGCUCCUAGGAAGGCAUGGUCAAGACUCUGAGGUUUCCUGGUGGUCCCCAGAGCGUGGGAUCAGGGACUCUAUACCCAAAAGGAGGUUCCAGUAUAAGGUCCCCCCUGACAAGCUGUUCCCCAGCUUGAAGACCACCAUGGAGGAAGAAACUCCUACAUCCUCCUUAUCCGUGUCCAAUUCUAAUGUUUUGCCUUCUGGGGCCAAGCAGAAGAAGUCUAAUGUCUUCUCCUCCAGACCCUCCAAGACUCUCUGUCUUCGCUUCUCUGAGCUCAACAUGCCCACUUCCUCCAACUGCUCCCUCUUAAGGCCCAACGCUGAUGUUAUCUCUGGACUGCCCAUGCAGAUCCCAUAUUUGCUGCCCUGUGGUGGAAGGUGUCCUGGGGCCCAAGCUUCCAUCCUCUGGAUCAGCAUCCUCCAGGCUUCUCCCCAACUGGAAAAUGAACCUGCCUCAUCCACUCAGAAUGACGACAUUCUGACCUGGUGCAGCAACAACCGAAGGUGUUCUCAGUGUUUGAAGCCGUGCAGAGCCCUAUGGGAUGCUCCGAAGAAUCAUUGUUGGGAGAUAUGUGCGACUCAACACGAGUGCCUGACCAGCUGUGAGUUCUUGAAGACCCUGCAGACAGUCAAGCAAGGAGACUGCCCACCCGCAGCAAGGGCAUCUGGCUUUGCUGCUGCCUGCGUGCAGAGCUGCGAGGGGGACCGCGAAUGCCCUGGGAAUAGGAAGUGCUGCUUCAAUGCUUGUGGGCACACCUGCCAGAUUCCAGACAACAUAAACAGAGGUGUCCCACUAAGGCCUAGAAAAAGCCUCACCAUUCUGGAGAGAUCUGGGGGAACAGUUCAAGUUUCUUGGAAGUCCAAGUCCAGCAUUUCCAUAGAACCUGUAUUCUAUGUCCUUCAGAGCAGAUGGCACUGGGGUCUUCACCCCAGUGAGGACGAUGCCACUGAAUGGAAAGCAAUGGCUUUGACAAUGGAGGAGAGCGCCCACCUGGACAGCAUUGGGCCCAACAGAUGGUACCAGUUCAGAGUGGCCGCAGUGAAUGCUCAUGGCACUCGGGGCUUCACUCCUCCCAGCAAACACUUCCAGUCUUCCAGAGCUCCUCUGCCUCCAGGGUCCCCCCAGAAUCUCAGAAAAGGCAACAUCACUGCAAGCCCUGACGGGGCUCACAGCAUCAUCAUUUCCUGGGAUCCCCCUUCUGAGGGGGCUCUGGCUGUCCAUCACUACAGGGUCUCCUGGGGCUGCUGGGCACCAGAAGCAGAUGGGCCUUCUCCUAAGAUGAGGAGCCUGAGAGUCACCAGGGCAAAACCUGAAGUACGACUCGAUGGACUGGAAGCUGGCACAGCCUACCAGGUGCAAGUGCGGACUGUUGCCUUCUGGAGCCAGAAACGUCUCAAGAGCCCCAAGUCUCAGAUGCUUAUUGUCAUGCCAGCAGGAGAGCUAUUAAAUGAGUUACCAGCAGCCCAGCGAGUACCUGCCCUGAGAGUACAGGUGGAGAGUCCCUACUAUCUACAGAAUGACCUACAAGUAAAUGUCCAGUGGAGGGGAGCCAGCUCAAGAAGACCUGGUAUCUACCUGUUAACCUGGAGACCGAUCUCAUGUGCUACCAACCACACGGCAUCAGCCACACAAGCCUUGGUGCAGCCUCCAGAGACAGCUCCAAUCAACAGCAGCAGCAGCAGUGGCAGCAGUGGCAGAAGCAAUGGCUCAAGCAAUGACUCCAGCAAUGGUUCUGCAAGGAUCAUCCAGGCAAGGAGGCAGAAGCAGUUGACUGGGACCACCCAGGGAGUUAACAGCAGGAAACUGGAUUGGCAGCAAGAGGUGACAGCAGCAACACCGGGAACAAAGAGAAUUGGGGGUGGGGAGAUGGGGCAAAAAGCCAUUGCAGAAGAAAUGUGAUUUCUUUUCAAACUAAUCUCCUUAGAGAGAAUUAAGGGUUCUGAACCCCACUUCUGGUCACCAAUAAAUGUAGGAUUUAAAUUAA